GCUGUUCCGGAUGAGCCGCGGCCCUCCCUCCACCCCUCUGAUCCUCUUAACAGCGAGUAAGCGGCCAAGAUGGACGUGGUGAACCAGUUGGUGGCCCAAGGGCAGUUUACAGUCGUCAAAACUCCACUGGGAUUCAUCAAAGUUCUACAAUGGAUCUUUGCGAUCAUGGCCUUCUCCACAUGUGGCAGUUACUCGGGUGUGUUCAAGAUGAGCGUCGAGUGUCAAAACCGAUCCGAGAGCGACCUGGGAAUAGAAGUACAGUUUGAAUACCCCUUCAGGCUCCAUCAGGUGUACUUUGACGCCCCCACCUGUAAGGGAGGGACCACUGAGCGCCUGUUCCUGGUGGGAGAUUACUCUUCGUCAGCGGAGUUCUUCGUCACCAUCGGGGUCUUCUCCUUCCUGUACUCCAUGGCAGCGCUCUCUGUGUACUGCUUCAUUCUGGAAAAGUACAAGGAGAACAACAAAGGAGCCCAGAUCGACUUCGUGGUCACUGCAGUAUUCGCCUUCAUGUGGCUGGUGUCCUCUUGUGCUUGGGCCAAAGGUUUGUCUGAUGUGAAAACAGCCACUGACCCUGAGCGGGUGAUCACUCUGAUCGGUGCCUGUGACGAGCAGACGGUCCGCUGCCGCGAGCUGUACGAGCCCAAAGUGUCUGGCCUCAACACCUCAGUGGCCUUCGGCUUCAUCAACGUGAUCCUGUGGAUUGGAAACCUGUGGUUCGUGUUCAAAGAGACGGGCUGGAUGGCGGCCUUCUCCGGGACGUACAUGCCGUCACAAGAGAAGCAGCCCGCCCCCGACUCCUUUGGGCAGGGGGGCUACGCGCAGCAGGACCCCUACGCCGGCUCCCAGGGCGGGUACCAACCCGACUACGGCCAGCAGGGCUACAGCGAGGAGGGAGGGUACAACCAGGGCUACGAGCAGCAGCCCACCUCUUACUCCAAUCAAAUGUAAACCAGUCCAGCUCCAGCAGCUGCAGGGCGGUCAUGUGAUUACAGAGCGUGGGCGUGUCCUCGCUCCUGUGUUCGUCUGUGUGAGUGUCUGUGAUUGGACAGCGGCGGGAGGAGGGGGAGGGAACAGGACAUGGGUCUGUGGGUCUUUACUGUAUCAUGAUGUUUAUUCUUGUGAUGUAUUUAACUGUAGAAGACAACAGAGGAUUGUCUGUUUGGUUUUAUGAGAAAAACUUGAAUACAAUACCAAAACAUUUAAGACAUUUAUGAAAAAAGCUGUAGUAAUAUUUAACUUGAGAGAAUGUACUGUCUGUGCUGUGUAAAUAUUAACAUGCUGAUAUAUAUAAAUAUAAAUCUACUUCUAUGGACUCAGUUGAAUAAUUGUGCACUCCAUAUCAGUUGUUAUACAACAAAUGUUGAGCACAGGGCGAUUCAACUGCUUUUACUUUGGUUCUGUUUAGGAGCUCACAGUUUUGCCCCUCGUUGUUCUAAAACACUCUGCUGAUUUAUUCUAUGGAUGUUUUUUUUUUCAUUUUGUCUGUCAGAUUUUUUUUAAAUGUCAUUAAAUGUGACUCGAUGAGGGAAAACUGAAGCUGUGAAGGAAACGGUUUAAAGGGAAAGAAUCUAUUUAUGAAAAAAAACAAACUAGUAAUGCUUUUAGUGUUUACAGAUGAAGUGUUUCUGUUCCUUCGGUUCUUGUAUCAGUUAUUGUCACCGCAGAAGUGACGUCAUGACAAACGAGCUGUGUAGGUCGUCUGUAGUGCGCAUGGUAGAACCUCCCGUUUCCUCCGCUGUUUGUGCAGCACUUCAGUGUGACGUCAGGACUCCGAACAGUGACUUUAUGUUGGGUUUAUGUAACAGAAUCGUGUCCGUUUUGUGAAUGAAACUCGUCUUGUUUUGAUCGCCUUUUAUGUGAUCCGGACAGAAAGAGGCAUAUAGUUUUUUAAAUGAUCUUUAAACGAGGAUCUUUAAAGGUGUUCUUAAUAUAAUAAUAGUAUUCCUCUGCAUCUUCAGCCCUUGUCUCGCUAUUUCUCAAGGCGACUGAAUCUAUUGCAUGCGUUUUACUCUUUAUAUCCUUACGCAUCCUUAUACGAUUUGAGAGGCUGCAGACACAUCACACAUUUGAAACGUUAAUAUGUUUGAGUGACGGUGGCAGUGAGACGGCUCCAAAAAUGCUCCAAAAAUGACUUUCUUCCGGAUAAACUACCCGACUCCAACCCAGACAUAAAAACACAUUUGCCAAACACAGCCACAUCCUGAUAACAUGAAUAACCUGCUUUUACGAGCCUUAUCCAAGCAAAUUCUCACAGUUUUUUCUUUAUAAAUCAGGGGUAAACUCCAGGCACUGUUCCACUCACUCACUAGCGCCCUCUCCUGACUUCUCCCUUUCACUGUAGCUCUUAUAAAUAUGCUCAGAUGAUCUAAACUGUACUGUAGUGGUGAACGAUGUCUUGUGAUACGGCUUUGGAUAGUGCUGUGUUUACUGUUAUGUAAUAGUAUUUAUGAAAAAAUAUCCCACACUCUCCAGAAACCUGCUGUAUUAUUAUAUUGAAUCCAUGUGAAACGAAAUUAAAUAAAACUUGAAAUUAUUA